GGUUGUACUACUACGUUGUACUGUUACUGUAGUGACUGUAGUACUUCGCGGUGCUCUAGAAAUUAUUAAGAUAUUAUUGUGAAAUAAAUAGAAACAUUAUUGAAUUUUAGGAAUUUCGUAUAUUGAAAAUGAAGGGUUUAGAUGAUAUUUUUACAAGAUCUUUCGAAAUAGAAUCACGAGAAUGCAGUCUAACGCUACAUCAGCAAAAAAUAGGGGAUGUAAAUUGCGUAGUGUGGGACGCGGCGUUGGUACUUGCAAAGUAUCUCGACGUUUGUUGUCAGAAUGACAAAUACGGUGGGAAUUGGUUGUUUGGAAAGAAAGUUGUUGAAUUAGGAUCAGGGAUCGGUUGUGUAGGCAUGACCGCCGCGUGUCUUGGGGCUCAAGUAAUCUGCACAGAUUUAGCAAGUGCUUUACCGAUAUUGGAGAGAAACAUUCAAGUGAAUGAGGAUCACUGGAAAAAAUUCGGUGGCUCUGUGUGCGCCCAAGUUUUGGAAUGGGGGAAGGAAAUUCUUGAGGAUUUAUCACCAGAUAUUAUUCUUUUGGCUGACUGUGUAUAUUACGCAGAGUCGAUAGACCCUUUGCUCAAAACAUUGGAAAUGUUGUUGAAUCGGAAUGCUCAAUCGUAUGCAAUAUUGUCACAAGAGGAGAGAGACACACCUGGACAAAUUCGAGUUUGGGAGAUUUUUAUGGAGAAAUUAAGGAACCAGUUCAGCGUGGAAAUUGUACCAAUUUCGGAUCAAGAUUCAAUGUACUCCAGCGAGGACAUACACUUAAUGAAACUUAAGCCUAAAAAAAAAUGGAUUUAAACAUUGAAUUUUACUGUUUUACACGAAAUCGAUGCCUGUGUUAAUAAAAGAAAAUCCGUUUUUAA